AUGGCUUUCGGAGAUAUUAUAGGCAGUCUGGUAUUUGACCCUCAAGAAGAUGAUACGCGACUCUCGGAUAAUGAUAGCUCUGGUGGUGACUCUUCUGAUGAGGAGGAGAAUAAUAGGGGACUUAUGGGCAGUUUCUUUGGAUUUAUUGGUCUUGGUAAGAAACGUCAUCGGAAAAAGUUGAACGAGCAUAAAAAGAAUAAUAAUAAUGUGUAUGACUAUAAACCCGAAUAUUCAAGAGAAAGCUCCCAAAAUUCCACUCUGAAGAAUUUUCAAAUCGUUAGGAUUAAAACUCUAAAACAUAACGGUAUGGAAGUUGAGAAAACAAAGCAAAUAAAGACUUUUGAAGUUAACUCUGAGCCGGUUAUUUGUCCUUCAAAGCAGCCUCCUCAGGAGUAUGACCUAGAUUCCAGUAUAAAUGAAUCUGAAAUUUCCUCAGAAGAGUUACAUCAGAAUAAUUGUAUAAAAUUAAAACUGAAAGCCCCUGCUAAGGAGUAUCCAGUCUCCAAAGGUCUCAAGCCAAGUAGUCAGAACGUCCUUAUGUCCAAAUUAUUCACUAAGACACUUGAGAACGUCUUUUCCAAGAAGAUCUCAGCAUAUAGGAGCCAUUUUCUUAGCCAACUAAAACUAGAACAAGCUAGCCGUAAUAAUAGUAAUAAAAGUGAAAGAACUGAGUCAUUAUCAAACACUUUAAGGAGCUCCUUCAAAUCUCCAACAAAAAGGAGAACGAUCAAUUCUGGGAGGCAGUCUCUUGAACGAACCAUAGGAGUCUCCACUAGAGCUUCAACUAUAUUUGGGAAGAAAGAGCUUCAUAUGAUUUAUCAGAAUAAUUCAUUAGAAUCCCUUGCUGAGGGAGAAAGCUUCUGCAACGAUUAUUCUCAGAAGAAAUUAUCACAUCAAAGCUUGGAUAUCAAGGAAGGUUUGGAGAAGUUACAGAAUUUAAUGAGGAAGAACGACAAGCUAAAGAUUCAGGCAUUUUAUAAACUCAUGAGUUACCAAUCGGAAACCCCAAGUGAGCUUUUGACAAUAAAUAUGGAUGACAUGGAGCCUCUAAGAGCUAGGGAGAAAAUGAAGAUCCUUCCUCAGGAUCCUUUGACAGUUAAAAAGUGAUAUCGGGGUAGAAAAGCCAAGAAAUCUUAUGCCCUAAAGAUGAAGGAGGUAGAUUACCACACCCAGCUAAGGCAAGCAAUUAAUGGGAGAAAACAAGAUAGUGCUUUAAAAUCUGAAAUUUCAAAAGAAGACACAGAAUUAGAGGUAAAAUCUGAAUCGGACUAUGCUAUUCAUACGCUCAAAUGAUCUACCAAAAGUGAAAUUGGUAAUUUUCAAGAAGAAGAGGAGAUCUAUCUUGUCUCUGACUAUGAAGAAUCAAUUGACUUAGAUAAGCAGGAGUCUCUUCCUUUCGACUUCAAUGAAACACAGCCUAACAUGCUCCAGAGCAUAGAACUCUCCUCUGUAGGAGACUUCCAAGAGAAAUGUAACAGCUCAGCAAGAAGUAGUAUAUUAUCUGAAGAUUUUGAAAAGGAUGAUAUACUUUGUAAGAAAAUAUCUAUGAACAAGAGGGAUAUCUUCCGUAUGACCAAACAAGUCGAAAAAAUUCGGAAGAUGUUUUCUUAACUCUCUUAGACUACCCUCUAGUUUUCAUACCAAAGGUGACAUCAUAACCUCACUUAAUCCCUAAGUUUAAAAUUUCA